AUGGCCUAUAGGGCCAAAAACAUAGCAACAGAGCAAAUUGAUGGCUCUUUCAAAGAACAGUAUAAAAGGUUAUAUGAUUAUGCCCAUGAGUUGGUGGCCAAAAAUCCUGGGUCAACAGUGAAACUAAAGGUUGAGGAUGUGGGGGGUAAAGUCAUUUUCAAGAGAUUCUAUGUAUGUUUAAAGGCUUGCAAAGACAGUUUUAUGUCAUGCAGGCCAAUUAUUGGUUUAGAUGGAGCAUUUUUGAAAGGUAAGUACGGUGGUGAGUUGUUAACAGCUGUGGGCCGAGAUGGGAAUGAGCAGAUGUUGCCAAUUGCAUACUGUGUUGUUGAAGUUGAGAACAAGGAGUCAUGGAAGUGGUUCCUGGAACUAUUGGUAGAUGACCUUGGAGGGGCUGAAAUUUGUUCCACAUUUACCUUUAUAUCAGACCAGCAGAAGGGUCUACUUCAUGCAAUAGAUGAAUUGCUUCCUAGAGUUGAUCAAAGGUUUUGCGUGAGGCAUAUGUAUGCCAACUUCAGGAAGAAAUACCCUGGUAAAAACCUGAAGCGUUUAAUGUGGAGGGCAGCUACAGCCACACAUCCACAAACAUGGGAGAUGGAAAUGAGAAACAUAAGAGCAAUGAACGAAGAUGCUUAUAAGCAUUUGAUUGCCAUCCCUCCAAGGUAUUGGUCAAGAUCAAGGUUCACUGAAAGAGCUAAAUCUGACACCUUAGUAAACAAUAUGAGUGAGGGCUUCAACAAUGUCCUCGUUUCUGCCAGGAGUAAACCCAUGAUUACUUUGUUGGAGACGAUACGGCUUUACCUCAUGCAAAGAUGGGCCAAGAACAGGUCAAGCAUAUCAUCAUUUACUGGAUCCAUUUGUCCCAAGAUCCUAUCCAGAUUUAGAAAGGAAUCUCAGUUAACUAAAAAUUGGAUUCCUAGUUGGUCAGGCAAUAAGCUAUUUGAAGUUCGUCACAUGUCUAACAAUGGAGAUAAGUUCGUAGUCAACAUAGAUGACUCCUCAUGCACAUGCAGAACUUGGAUGAUGACUGGAGUCCCCUGUUGUCAUUCAUUGGCUGCAAUGAAGUUCCUCAACAUUGAUGGAGAACAAUUUAUUGACUCUUGCUACAUGAAGUCCAGAUAUGAGGAGACAUAUUCAACAAUUAUAUAUCCCUUGAAUGGAGCCAACAUGUGGAACAUUACUCCAUAUCCUGAUGUGUCUCCACCACACAAAAGAGUAUUGCCUGGAAGACCAAAGAGAAAACAAAGACUAGAGCAAUGGGAAAUGAGGAAGGAUGAAUCAAGAAUGACCAAAUCUGGCUUGCAAAAGAGAUGUGGCAUAUGUAGAGAACAUGGCCAUAACAGAACUCGUUGCCCAUCAGCAACCCAAGCAGGAAUUGUGCCCAAUAACGUGGCAGUGGUGAAUAAAUCAGAGGUUAGGGUUUGGAUUCCUCCCAAUUGGUCUUUGAGAUACGAAUGGCUUGUUCCGAAGGGUGUUCGUCUGCUUCGAAAAGUUGGGGCAAAGGAUCUUCAAAAAGUUAUUGAUGUAGAGAAGGCAAGCAAAGGUGAUUUACAUGAGAAGCUAACCAUGACUGUUGCAGUGCCAUUAUUGUGGGGGGUUCCACCAGCUUUUGAGACGCUUCACCUCGCUGUUAAAAGUGGUGGAGGUAUUAUAGAGAAGGUCUAUUGGCAAUGGGACACGAAAAUUUUAGAGAAGUGA